AGGAGGAGCAGUCAGGGGACAACGGAGGGGCCUGGGCAGGUCGGAUAUUUGGGAGCUGGAGGGGUGCCUACGCGUGGAGGAAAAACCUCCAGGUGUGGAGGAUAGGAAUACCUCGGGUUAAGACCAGAACCCUUGGAAACAGCACCAUCCAAGGAUUAUGUUGGAAGAGCAAGAGUUCGCCUAUAACAGGCAUAAAGAAAGAUACAGGGAGCCACUCCAGUAUCCAGGGCAUCAGUUUUACGCAUAUGCAGUUCUUAGCUGAGAGAAGUCCACACCCACAUAGAGCGAGAUAAGGUCUGAGAAUAGUGCUUUGGAUACGGUGACUACGUUGGUAAGCCUAGUGGCAUAGUGGUUAAGUAUUAGGGCUGCUAACCAAAAGGUUGGCAGUUUGAAUCCACCAGGCACUCCUUGGAAGCUCUGGGGCAGUUCUAGUCUGUCCUAUAGGACCGGUAUGAGUCGGAAUCCACUCGACGGUGAUGAGUUUGGACUACUCAAGAAGAAAUUAGAUGCUUAAUCACAUUGCUGGAUGUCAACGCUGGUAAGAAGGAACUAAUAACAGGGUUCAUGGCGAUGAGUGAGAAAGAGCAAAAGUUGGAUUCAACCAUGGGGAAAGAUGGAAGAGCUGAGUCAAGCCCUGGCUAGUAGCUUUUCAGUGUCCCAAGAUUUGAAUAGCACAGCAGCCCCACACCCCCGCCUGUCCCAGUACAAGUCCAAGUACAGUUCCUUGGAGCAGAGUGAGCGGCGCCGUCGGUUACUGGAACUGCAGAAAACCAAGCGACUGGAUUAUGUGAACCAUGCCAGAAGACUGGCUGAAGAUGACUGGACAGGGAUGGAGAGUGAGGAGGACGAAGAUAAGAAAGAUGAUGAAGAAAUGGACAUUGACAUUGGCAAGAAGUUACCAAAACGCUAUGCUAAUCAAUUGAUGCUGUCUGAGUGGUUAAUUGAUGUCCCUUCAGAUUUGGGGCAGGAAUGGAUUGUGGUCGUGUGCCCCGUUGGAAAAAGAGCCCUAAUCGUGGCCUCCAGGGGUUCUACCAGUGCCUACACCAAGAGUGGCUACUGUGUCAACAGGUUUUCUUCCCUUCUGCCAGGAGGCAACAGGCGAAACUCAACAACAGCAAAAGACUACACCAUCCUGGACUGCAUUUACAGUGAGGUGAACCAGACCUACUACGUUCUGGACGUGAUGUGCUGGCGGGGACACCCUUUUUAUGACUGCCAGACUGAUUUCCGAUUCUACUGGAUGCAUGCAAAGUUACCAGAAGAAGAAGGACUGGGAGAGAAAACCAAGCUCAAUCCUUUUAAAUUUGUGGGACUCAAGAAUUUCCCAUGUACCCCUGAGAGCCUGUGUAAGGUGCUGUCCAUGGAUUUCCCUUUUGAGGUGGAUGGGCUUCUCUUCUACCAUAAGCAGACCCACUACAGCCCUGGAAGCACUCCCCUGGUGGGCUGGCUCCGCCCCUACAUGGUGUCAGAUGUUCUUGGUGUAGCUGUGCCAGCUGGUCCACUGACCACCAAGCCAGAAUAUGCUGGGCACCAGCUCCAGCAGAUUAUUGCGCAUAAGAGGAGCCAGAAGGAGGGCACGAAGGAGAAACUCACACACAAGGCCUCUGAGACUGGACACUAUGAGUUAGAGCACCUAUCUACCCCCAAGUUGAAGAGCCUUCCCCGUAGCCCAGACCACCCUGGAAGUCUCAUGGAGAACUAAAGAGAGCAGCCUCCUUUGGGAGUCAUGGGACAGUGCCUGACCCCAGAAGGAAGCUGGGGACAAGGACAGUGACUACAACAGGUGACUUCAUUUUAGAGUGGAUUUUCCAAAGCCACUCCAGCUGGAAACCAACUUACCUCCUAUCUAAAAUGACGGCUCAAACAGUUGGAGGGUUGGUUCCCAAACUGGGUAGUAUUCAGAUUGAGUUGAGUAGCUCCUACUAUGGAAAGCAUAUCCCACAUCCCCAGUGUAAAUAUAUAUGGUUCUUAAGAAAGAAGUUGUUUGUGAUUCUUGAGGUUUAGACAGCUGUGAGUCCCCCCCACCUCGGCCCCAGCCUGCCUAAACCAUGAUUGUUCAAGUCUUGGCCCAUUGCACUCUGUUUUUAGCAAUCAAGCACUCUGCUGAGUUUCCAGUUACUGCUGUUGGUAACGUCAUUUUUCUGAAAGAUCUUACCAGGAACUGCAGUUCUUGGUAUUUGAAUACGUUCCCUCUUCUAAGAAGACAAGUGUGAUUUUCUUUGGUUUAGACAUUGUUAGAGAUAAAACGCAGAUGAAGUUCAUUCACUGAUUCAACAAAUGGUUGAGCACCUACCUGGAGAUAAGCAUUGUGCUAGGCCCCUGAGCCAUAGAGUGGGUUGGUGGAGUGGGUCAUGGCAAUGGACAUUGAGGAAUUCACAGUCUAGUGAGACUAUAAACCCACCAGUGUAUAGGCACAUCAACAUGGCGAGAUGAUUGCUUUAGUGCAGAAAGGUGCAUAGAGCAUGGAGACCAGGAGAAGAGCAGAGGGAGGCUUCUCGGGGAGGUUACAGAAGUGUGCUCUGCAGACAAGGUGGGGAGAAGUUCCCACAGAGUUAGUAGGGUAUGCAGCUGCACCCCUCCAGAGCAGGGUGGGACUUGCUUUGGGAACUGAAGUUGGUUCAGCAUGGCUUGAGUACAAAGUAGGAUUGGAAAACUGUUGAGAGAGGAGGCUGGAGAGAUGGGCUGAUGGUGCAGGGCCUGGUGUGUUGUGCAGGUGUUGAUUUUAUGGCAUGGAUGAGAAGGAGUCAGUGUGGAGUCUUGAGCAGAUGGAUGCCGUUCAGAUUUGUGUCUUAGAGCUCUUUGGCAGCACUAACCAAUUAGUUUCUGCUCCGGGUGUUAAGGAAAUGUGGUCCAUUUUCCAUGGCCUCACUCUGCUCUCUACACUGCUCCCCACCUUUCUAGGACUUCUGUUGGACAAAGAGAUUCCACCAUUCCAGGUCAACAGUACUAAUGUCCUGUGGACAGAAAUUUAGUGGGAUCAAGGUUAGAGCUUGUCUCUUAAGAUACACAGCUGUCCCUUUGUGUUGAUUAGUUUGGAGGACAGAUCCGGACAGAAGUAGUGGUUAAGUGGAGCCUGAGUACACAAAUUCAGCACGUCCUGUGGAACCAGCCUCAGCGUCUGGCUCUUAGAGAGCUGCUCCAGCUGACUCUGUCAAAUAGAAGGGAGAAGGAAGAAGACCCGCCUGCCCGCCCACCCACCACCGAUGAUCCUGCUGGCUGCAGACUCGACAUUUGCCUACAUCAGUAAGCUCCUCCCUGAAUUUAGGUCAGUUGUGCAAUAAGAACAUCGUGUUCCUCUUGCCAAGGAGCAUAUUGUGUGCUGCCUGAACGUUUAGUCUCCAUUUAAUGAUCUGCUAGUCUGUGCCCUCAGCAGACAACCGCAUCAUCUCAGGGUCUGUGCAUGUGCGAAUCCGUGGUGACUUGUCCAGGCUCUGCCCAGAAAGAAUCAGGUCUAGGACUACUUCCCCCAAAGGACACUCUGGGGACUGAUGCAUGAGUCAAAGAACAUAUCAGCCAAAUUUAUCACCCAAGCACAACUCGAUAUUGUAGAAUGGUAGCUUAAAGGAUGUGUGUAGGCAGAGUGCCCCCUUGGACUUUCAGUUGAGGAGCCAGUAUUAUAGAUUACGGAAUAGCAGUGUGUCUCCUGGUCAUAUUUCUUUGUGAAUUAAAAAAUCACCUCCUGACACCUGUUGCAAAGGUGGUUGUGUUAUAGAUUGCUGUGAUUAUGUAUUAGCUUUUUGGCCAGUCUUCCGAACAACAACUAGUUUCUUUUUUGUGGAAUCAUCCCUUUUCUAUGCAAUAUGGUUGGGUAGGAUGAACCCAGGGGCACUGCUCUCCCUCAACCAAAGGUCAGGCUCAUGAUUCAAGAUGGGCCAGUCACAUGCUUCCCACCAAGAAUAUGUGUCUUGAGCAGAGGAACAAAGAGUGAAUCAGUUGGAAUCCAUUUCUUUUGCCAGCGGGGGUGAGGGGGUGUUUCUUGCUCUUGCUAGGAAACCUGUGAGCAUCCAGUAAAUUCCAUCUUGCUUAAAUUAGCCAGAGCUGGUUUCUGGGCUUGCCAUCAAAGAAUUCUAGCUGGUAUCAUAGCCCAGUGUGGCCUAGCCUGCCUGCCUUGGCUGGAAGGCCAGCUUGGCAUGAGUUAGCAAGGAACUACUAUUUGAGAUCACGUAUCACACAUUUCAUCUCCAGCCCAUGCACCUAGAAAAGACCAGAAGACUUUUCAGCCAGUGGGUGCAGGAUAAGUAAUCUUGGCUGUUUUAAUGUUAGCCCCAAAAAGUCAUGCCGGGUGCCAGUGCCUGCAUGGAAGAGUUUGUGUUAACCAAAUCCAGUUGCAUUAGACUGUAAUUUGUCUAUGUUCGUUAUUUCUCCACUUGCUUACUUCUCACUCAUGUCUCAACACAUUGAAAACCUGACUUCUGUUACCACCACUUAAAGUGCUCUCUUAAAGGGACCAGUGGUCUCCUGUUUUACAAAUCUGAGGGACCCUUCUCAGGCUUUCUCUUACCUGACUUCAGCUACCACCUAUGUACCAAUGCCCUUCCUAGCUUUAUUUUCAGCCCUGAGCUCUUCACCUGUACACACGUACAUGUGUAUGCAUGUGUGUGUAUAUGCGCAUGUAUCUUAUCAGUCAUCUCACAGUCACCUCAAACUCAGCAUGUCCCAAACUGAAAUCAUUAUCUUUCCUCCUCAGUUCCCUUCAGUUAUGCUCUUCCUGGGAUUCUUGUCCUUGUUAAUGGCACUUAGUCACCUACUCCAAGAACCUAGGAAUCAUUCUGAUGAUUCCUGUCCAUUUCUUACCUUUCACAGCUAAUGAGUCACCAUGUCCUUUAAAUCCCACCUCUCUCUCCUCCAUUUCGUUUACCACCUAAGGCCUUAAUUCAGGCCUUCAUCAUCUCUGUCCUGGAGUACUGCCAGUCUCCUACCUAGUUUCUCUGCCACUCGCGUCCCCUCCUCUAAUCCAUCCCUCUCUGCCAUAACUACUGGCAGAGUGAUCCUUUCUAAAAAUGCAAAUCUGAUCGGGGUACUUCAUGGACUUCCCAUUGCCUACAAGGUACGUGUGAAGUUUCUCAGCCUGCCAUCCAACUUUCUUUAUGACCUGGGUUUAGCCUGUCUCUUCAGCCUCAUAAAUUACCUUGCCUCCUUUUCUGCCUGUUCUCCAGAAAUUCUGCUUUACUGUUCCCUGUACACAUACAUCAAUUUCAUUCUUUUUUCCCUCACACUGUCCCUCCUCAGACUCCAUUUAUCUGGUGAAUAUACUUACUCAUCUUUGAAAAACUCCAUUCAAGAGACACCUGUUUGAAUUUUUGCCUCUCAGGCAGAAUUAGCUCCUCUCAUCUUUGUGCCCUCCCCAUCUCACAGAGCUAAAGCUCAUGGUUGAUUAUAAUAUUUGAUCUCACUGAUUCUGACUCACAGUGACCCUAUAGAACAGAGUAACUGUCAUGUAGGGUUUCCGAGGAGUGGCUGGUCAAUUUAAACUGCUGAUCUUUUUGGUUAGCAGCUGACCUUUUGCUCUUAAACAUAGCUCUUAACCACUGCGCCACCAGGGGUCCAGAUCUCUUUUGGGCAAGGUUAAAUUCUGUACUAUGCAUUGUCUAUUAGGUUGCAGGCUCUCUGAGGUCAAGGACUUGGUCUUAAUCAUCUUUAGAUCCCCAGUGCCUGGCACUUGCUGCAUCAGUAAAUGUUUAGCGAACGAAGAAGAAAUGAUGAGCUGGGAUGAGAAUGCAGCCUAGAGGUGACCUCCCCUCCCCCUGCACAGAGAAGGGACCCUGGAGAGAAGGCUGGCUGAACGGAGGUGUGUGACUGGCUGCUAACAGGUGGUUGGACUUGCUGCUGACUUCUAAGAACAAGAACUGUUUUUAGUUCUGUGAAUGCAACUAAAAGGAAUAGUCUAGAAACUUUUCACCACAUACAUUGGAGGAGAGAAAGAGAUGAUCUUCCUAGCUACAGACUUCCUUUCUAAUAAGGAAAUGAGUAAAAGGCCACACAAUAUUGUUUGUAAGCAAAUGUGGUCUUUCGUUUUAUGUUUUCUGAUAGAUAGCGCAGGAAAAGUAGAUAAAAGCCUUGAGAUUUUAGCCUGAGUAUGACUGCUUUCUUUGGUAAGAUGAGCUGAAUUUUGAGUCCUACGUGUCUUGGGAUUCUGUGAUUAUGCUCUGUCUUUACAUUAAAGAAGGAGUCCUUGGGUGGUGCAGAUGUUAACACGCUCAGCUGCUAACCAGAAAGCUGGAGGUUUGAGUCUACCCAGACAUGCCUUAGAAGAAAGGCCUGGUGAUCUAGUCUGAAGAAACCCGCCAUUGAAAACCCUGCAGAGCAGUUACACUCCGACACACGUGAGGCCGCUGUGAAUUGGAACCGACGUGGUGGCAACUGGUUAACUAGUUUUACAUCAAAGAAGAGCCAGAUUAGUUUUAUUUUUUUCCUCCACUAACAGCUGCUAAGUUUGGUCUUGGGCCUUGGUUGUGACUCACUCCCUGAGAGGGUCCACCAUCCAGUGACAAGGCAGAGGUGCAGAAGGCGUGGGAGAGCUGGGGAGGCGGGCAGCGGGCCCGGUGAAUUAGGAGCAGCCUCAGGCAGUAGACGUCUGAGGAAGGAGUCAGAGUUCCCUAAUGCAGAAUGUGUGCGUUUGUUUCUCACAUACAUUACAAGAGAUGGUGAUUUUUUUUUUUAAGGUUGAUUUUUAUGUCUGUUUCGCUCUUUUUGAAGCAGCAGAAAAAUGGCCAGAGGCAGGCUGGGAAACUGGGAAGUGAGCAAGGGUCAAACUAACUGCCUCACAAUUGGUCCUAGCCCAUCUCCCCAUUUUGAGGGACAUUGAGGAAUCCUAAGAGGCAAAUUUUGAAACCUAGAGAGCCCUUCUCUGUAGGGCCUUACGCAGACCCAUUAGCAUUUGUAGCAAACUUCCUCCCUCUCUCCCAACAGGCUGGCAAGCUUUCAAGCCUUCUGUCUGCUCCUCUGCUUUUGGCGGUCAGGUUUUCUCUGCAGUCGGGCUGGGGAGAUGAAAGACAGAACUCAAAUUUGUCAGAUUUGCUUCUCACUGGCAACUUUAACUGGAGCUUUUAUAAGAGAGGAAGUUGAAACUGGCUCAAAUAAAGUUCUGUGGACUUAAUUUAUCCAUUCUGCUCUGGUCUCCCCAUUGACACAGAUAAGUCAAAGUGAGUGAGAGCAAUGUAACUCAGAUGGUACUUCUCUCUUAUAUUGAAUGUUUUCUCUCAAGCAACUAAGUAUCCAAGAUAUCCAACCCUGUUUGGUAUUCUUUGGCAAGAAUUAGACCUCGACUGAUAGAAAAGGACCAAUGUGUUCAUUCAGCAAACAUUGAUUGAGCAGCACCUACUGUGUACUGUAUAUGGUGCUAAGUUCUGAAGAGAGAACAAUGAAUAAGACCUAGUCCCUGCCCUCAAGGAGCACAUGGUCUAGUGGGAGAGAUGCACAACGCCAUUACAGUGAAUUAAUAUGGCCCUUCUAACCAUUAGUCUUUGUGACUCCCAUAUCAUGGUUGGGUGGGACUAUGCAAAUGAGGUGUUUAUGUCCCACCAAAGGGAUUGUAUAGCCUGCUAAGAAUCCAGAUAAGAUGCAUGAACCAGUGGGGAGAGUGGGGGGUGGAACCAUGCAAAUCAGGUAUAUGGAACCUGGGGAUUGGUCAGUUUUGCCAUCCCACUAAGCUUAAAAGAGAGCCAGUCCCAGAGCGGAGGGGGACCUAACUACGACCAAGGAGAAGAGAUGGUAGUAGAGCGCCCUUUUGACUUGGGAUCCCUGCACUGAGACUCUCCUAGACACAAGAGACAGAGCUGUAACACCAGAGAUGGCGAGAGACAGCUAGAAGCAGUGGUAGGGAAACAGCAGUAGCAGAGGCGAUAGAACCAGGAGAUGAGCAGGACUUCCCCUCCCACGGAGCGAGAAAACUGAGUGUGUUGGAGCAAGAGGUUUACUGGUGGAGUGGGGUGCCUCGGGCACUUGGCAGAGCCAGGCUUAUGGACCCAUGAAGUGAGUAGAGCUGAUCACCUUCGGGCCUUGGCUUAUUGGCAGAGUGGGGUGCCCCUGGGCACUUAUUGGUGGAGCUAAAGAGUUUAGUGACACCUGCCCUAGCAAGGCAGAGGCCAGGCUGAGGGGUUGACGGCACGGCUGAGAAGAUGUCCUGAUUGAAGAACUGUAUCCUCGGUCAUUUUUGAUCCUGAAUUGUAACCUAUUACUUCCCUGAUAAACCCCAUAAUCAUGAGUGUUGUCUGUGAGUUCUGUAGGGCCAUUGCAAUGAAUUAUUGAGCCCAACAGAGAAGUAGAGAAUACAGUGGGAGGGUUGGUUUGUGUCAGAAUUGGUAAAAAAGUUGGAGAGAGGAGGUAUGUCUGACCUCAGCUUCAUAGGAAUCUGCCUCAGGCUGGUGGUGAUUCUCUCCCACCCUACUGAAGUUAGAGAAGGUCAGACGCAGCCUCCAUGCCAUUUUUACUCACAAGGAAGCAAAUAAGUAUAAUUCAGAGUGUUAGGUACAUUCUAGACACAGCUACCAGGUACAGAAGUUAUGUACAACAGUGAGCGAUAUUAACCUGUGAUCUGAGAGUGGUGGAUAGGGGUGUCAGAUGAGAAAAUUGUUUUUGUGUGAGCAAAGAACCAGAUUACAUAUUUAAAAAAUAAAUUGAAGCAGAGACUAGUAAUAAGAAUGUUCCCUAGAAUAUUGGAUAAUGGGGGAAUUAUAAUCUCUGUGGGGUUAAGAUUUUCCACCUUCCCUGCAGAGUUCACCUUCAGCCAUCCUAGUGAUGAUAGAUUUGGCCUAUGAGUAAACAAAAAAAUUUCUCACCCUAGACGGUGAUUAGCAGUAUGACCUUAUUUGCUGUUUCUCUUUUAGAAAAAUGGCAGUAAGAAUUUCUGUUUUGGGCGGGGGGAAUCUUUUAUAGCCAAUGCAUGUCUACAGUACAACACACAUCUGUUUCACAGGCAGUAGAUAUUUUGUAGCAACGCCUGAGAGAAGCUUUGGGUUUUAGAAGUGACAGUGUUUUGGAGGAAAGGUUAUAAAAUCACCACAGUCACAGUGUGGAAGUAUCUUUAUUCUUCCACACUUUAUUCUUAGUGCUGAACAAAUACAAAAAAGGCAGCGAGAGGAGGUCUCAUGGUAAGAUAGAGGCCUAUGCGUUAAGUGGCUGUCUUCAUUGUUCAACACAUUUUUUAAGUGCCUGCCUCUUAUGUGCUAGGCUCUAAACACUGAGGUACAGGGGCCAACACAACUAUGUGGUCCUUGCCUUCCUAGAGCUUACAGUCUCGUAAGGCAGACAGACACUAAGCCGGUGGACGUAGAAACAAGUACACAGUUAUAAAUUCUGAUCCUCUUAUAAAAACAAGAGGGUGCUGCAAGCGAGAGUAACAGGGGGCCUAAUUCAGCUUGGUGAGUAGUCAAGGAAGAUCUUGCUGAGGAAGUGACUUUUGAGCUGAGACCUUAAGGAUGAGUCAGACUUUUCUAGUGAAAGAGGUGGGGGGAAGGGGAGGAUAAACUUUCUAGACAGAGACCUGAAACCUGUGCUUUAAAAGCAAAAAAAAGAAACAAAGAAAAUGCAAAAACAAAAGUACAACUCAUGAUACCUCUCCACCCUGGGGUUCCGUCUUUGUAGUUUAUUUUCCACUUUCGGAUUGUGGCCCUUACUGUUCACGUUCAUUUAAUAAAAAUGUAUUGUCUGCAGCUAAGCAUUCAAAAAUGCAAGGAGGCCCUGUCAGUGCGUGUGGAACUACCUAAUUUAUUUUUGGUAAAAUUAGGAUCAUGAUUUCACCUAUAUCAAACUGUUAUGGUGAGAUGAAAGGGUUGAAAGUCAUUUAGAAGAGCGUUUGGCAGAUGGUAAAGACACAUUCAGUGUCAACUUAUUUCAGUGUACACACGUGCUCUAACUUACUGAGGCUUCCUAUUGAUGGAGCAUUAUGUUGUUGUUUCCACUACAAACUAAAAAAAACGGUUGGGGUUACUACAAACUGCUUCAGGCUCUAAGAUUCCACUGAGUAGGAUGACAGUACCAUGCUGGAUUUCAUUGGCUCCAGACUGCAGUUAAGGGCAAGCCAGGGGGCUUCCUUUGUUCUCUGGUUCUCCUAAAAUUUGUCUGUCAGAGUGGAUCCAGCCAGCCAGUUUUGCCUUGGACUUAGUUUUGUUACCCAUGUCUUUGCUCAGAAACUUCCAAGCAUUGUCCUGUUAGGGCUGUGAUAGGCAACAGUUCCGGAAAAUUGUUCCCUUACACACCCACACGCCCACACACAGCUGUGCCUCUGAAAACACUUGAGUUCUCUCUCCUGGCUUACUCAAUAAACCUCUCCCUUUAUUAGUUCUCCUUACUGAUCCUUGGGCUAAGGGAAUGCCUGGGUUCAAGUUCUAGCUCAAUACUAAUUAAUUAGCUGUGUGCUUUUGGAUAAGUCACUCUCCCUUGGUGUCCUGAGGAUCGAUCAUUGGGCAAAAAAAUGUAAAAGUGUCAGUUAUACUUUGAGACAUUCCCUAUCCUUUCCUGUACCCCACUCAGUGGUUUGCACUACUCAGGUUCUGCCAUUUCUUACUCCAGCUUAGUUCUAGAGCCAUUUGCUUGCCUACUUAAGGAGAAAAACUAUAUUUCCUUAAGUUAAAAUUAAAAAAAAAAAAAUUUUUUUUUAAAAGAUUAUUCAUCCACAUUCAAAGUCUUAAAAUUUUGUAUUUAAAAUACACACACGUCAAACUAUUCUAUGCUUUUAGAAACCAAGAUGGUGGUUACCUUUGAGGAGGGUUGGGGGGAUGAGGAGGACUUUGGCAAAUUGAAAACAUUCUAUUUCUUGAUCUGGGUGCUGAUUACAGGGGUGUGUUCAGUUCAUGAAAAUUUAUCAAGGUAUAUAUUUAUAUUUGCACUUUUUGGUAGGUAUGUUAUGCUUCAAUAAAAAGUAAAAAAAAAAAAAUUGUACAAAAGACUAUAGAGGGAUGAGUCUCCUUCUCACUUAUGUUUCCCAGACAACCAGUUCCCCCUUGGGAGGCAACCACUAUUUGUGUUGUAUCCUUCCAAAGCUCUUCUAUGUAUAAAUAAGUUUAUAAAUAUUCAUUUUUUUCUUUAUACACAUGACAGCAUAUUAUGCACACUGUUCCAAAUCUUGCUUUUUUUCACUGGUGAUAUAUAGGUCAGGGGUCAUUCCAUACCCUUACAUGUAUAUGGAAGAGAACAUGGUCAUCUUCAUUGUUGCAACCCCAGUGCAUAACCCAAUGCUUAGCAUAUGAGUAUACUUUAUUCAAUAAACUGGCUUCUAAAUGAGAGUCUGUUUGCAAUACUGAAACUGUAACUCCUGCAGGUGGUGAUGAACUCAACCAGAGUCAGCUUUAUUGAUUAAAAAAAAGGAUAAAAUACCGGAUCCAAGCACCAGGGGUUUCUUUUCUCACUGAUUCGCAGUUCACCCAGGGCAACCUGAAGGCCUUCUGCAUAAUUGCAGAAAUGAAGGGAAGUCAGGGGUUGCUUUUAAAGUACUGUACUAGAAUGAGCAUCAGAACUAAGAGCACCCUCAGUUGUCUGAAGAUCCCUCCCCUUUGGGUCUCUCUCAUUGGGCUCCAGAGACCCAAGACCUGAGAUAGCAGUGCUGGGUGGUUUCAAGCCUUGGGACCAACUGCGGCACUCGCUUGUUCAUUGGACUGCUUUUGGAAUAUUUAUCUUUGGCCUGGAAUGAUGCAAAAACAUCCCAGACUCAGCCCUGUCUUCCCUGUGUCUCCCCAACUGAUCCCAAAACUGU